AUGUAGUCCAAAGGAUAUCAACAAAGAAAGCUUAGAUGCGAAGGAAUUGAACUUUCCCCCACUCAAAUUACAAAACCCUAAAUAUAUAGUAGUAAAAACAAAAAGAGAAGAAAAUUAAACUAAAUUAAAGUUCUCUAUAAUAUGCUAUUGCUAGCUCCCCCUUUUAUGUUUUCCCUUCAUCUUCUUUCUCUUUUCCUUUCCAUUCUUUUUAUUGGGGCUAUGGUAUUCCCUUCCUUUCUUUAGUGUGAUUCUCUUCCACCACAUAUUUCCAAAGAACUCAUCAACCUUUUAUAAAAGAGAUAAAGAUCAAAGAGAUCAAAGAAAGAAAAUCAUGGUUUUCUCAUCUUUUCCUGUAUAUCUAGAUCAUCCCAAUUUGCAUCAGUUACAACAGCCAGAUGGCCAUCAACAAGUUGGAAACCCUGGGCUGGAGAAUCCCCAACUUACAGCUCUGCAGCCCCCACCUGUUCAGAUGGGGGCCAGUCCUGGCUCGAUCAGACCAGGUUCUAUGGUGGAUCGAGCCAGGCUAGCUAAAAUUCCACUACCGGAGGCUGGACUAAAGUGUCCAAGGUGUGAUUCAACAAAUACAAAGUUCUGCUACUUCAAUAACUACAACCUUUCACAACCAAGACACUUCUGUAAGACUUGUCGCCGUUACUGGACAAGAGGGGGAGCCUUGAGAAGCGUGCCGGUAGGAGGAGGAUGCCGGAGGAACAAGAGAAGCAAAAGCAGUACAAAUAACAACAGCUCAAAGACAACUGGAAGUAAUGUCAAUAGUACUACUACUGCUGAUCCGAGACAAAUAGGUACUUCAACAAGUGCAAGUCCAUCUAGCUGCAACACAGAAAUAAUUACUGGACGCCAUCACUUUCCACACGAGCAAUCCCCAGUACAGUUUACUCCACUCAUGGCCGCCUUCCAAAACCUAAAUCAUCACUAUGGCGGAUUUCAGCCUCCUCCUUUGGUCUCAACACAGGGCGCUGCUACUCUUGGUCAUCCUGAAAUGGGAUUUCAAAUAGGUAGUACUACAAAUAGUACUAACAAUUUGUCUGCUCCUUCAGGAGUAUCUGAUCAUCAGUGGAGAUUACCUUCUUUGGCAGCAAACACAAAUUUGUACCCUUUUCAUCAAGGUGAAGGAAUCGAAUCAUCAUCUGGUAAUAGUAUUGCCCAUGAUGAUCAAGGGUUAAAUUCGACGAAACAGUUUUUGGGGACAAUGGAAAAUAACACUAAUCAAUAUUGGGGUGGAAACGCAUGGACAGGGUUUGCUGGACUCAAUUCCUCUUCUUCAGCCAGCCAUCUCCUUUGAUUUGAUAAUUAAGCUUCAUUCAUGUAAGUCUAUUUGUGUACUUGACUGAAGGAUCAAAAUGUUGUAUGUGUUGUGGGGGUGGGGGUCUAAUUAGACAUAUAGUAUACGGGGGGGGGGGGGGGGGGCAUAUUUAAGUCUUUGUUUCCAUGGUAAUCACUUGUAAUUUUACUGGAUGUUCUUUUACUACUAGGUGUGUGAAGUUGUAUUGUGAGUUUAAUUUGGGUUCUGACAUUAUAAUUAAGCUCUUUCCAUGAAAUAUAUAUUGUUGUUUAA